AGUGCCCUAUUAUUAUACCAAUUACUAACGUUAUCCCAAACAUGAAAGCGUUAUGUUCUUCACAAUGUAUAAUAUGAAGGAAUUGGCUUUACUGGAAUGACACGUCGUGUAAUAAUCGGAGACUUAGUAAUGUUAAAUUGUUGUUGUUGAUAAAGUUGGAGGGCAACUAUGUCUAUCAGGUGGAGUAUUGAACAAAAUGUGAAAGAUCUUAAAGAUCUUCAGGCCAGUACAAUGGCUGUGGACUGUCUUGGUCAAUGGGUUCUUCUUGGAGGGAAAAGAGCUUUAACGUUGAUGAGUCUUGAAAAUCAUGAUCAUGUUCGAAAAAUUGACCGGAACAGCAAAUAUGACAUCAGUUGUGUCCAGUGGAAUCCACAUGCUGUUGCAGCUGAAAAGUUUGCUGUAGCUUGUGGUCAGAAACUGGAUGUCUAUCACUGGCAAGAUGGUAGCAAUAGCAGCAAACCAAUAUGUUCCAUAAAAGCUCAUUCCCGUGUUGUAAGUGAUUUAGAUUGGUCACCAUUUGAUGUCAACAUCCUGGCUUCUUGCUCUGUUGAUUCCUACACUUUUCUCUGGGAUAUCAGAGAACCAAAGAAACCUACGGGAUCAUUUCAAACAGUUGCUGGUGCCUCUCAAGUUCAAUGGAACAAAGUUACCAACAACACAUUUGCUACAACACAUGAAGGGGAUGUCAGAAUUUGGGAUCCAAGGAAAGGAAAUACUGCUGUGCAGUAUAUUGCAGCCCACCCGUCCAAGAUUUAUGGUUUAGACUGGAGUCCAUUUUCAGAGUACAAUUUAGCUACUUGUAGUCAGGACUGUACAGUGAAGUUUUGGGAUGUCACAAAUUCUAAACGUCAGGAAGAAGUGCUAGUAUCCGGUUCUCCAGUUUGGAAGGCUCGCUACACUCCUUUCCAAAUUGGAUUAGUCACACUUGUUCUACCUCAAUUAACCAGGGAGCCAUAUCUGUAUUUAUGGAAUAUUUCUAACCUCAAGCAACCUGUGCACACUUUUGUAGGACAUGCUGAUGUUGUUUUAGACUUUCACUGGAGAAAUAAAGCAAAAGGCAGUAAUGAUUACCAGUUGGUGACUUGGUCAAAGGAUCAGAGUUUAAGAAUUUGGAAAAUAGAUUCUAACUUGCAGAAGUUGUGUCGUCAGGAUGCUGCAAAUUUUAUGGAUGAUAAUAUUCCAGAAAAUCUGUUACCCGAAGAUGAUGAAAUUGCCAGAGUCAGUGUUAGUGCUGGAACUCGAGAGCCUUCAUUUACAUCAAUAUUUCAUCAGCCACAAACCUUGUUACAAGAGUUUUCUUUAGUUAACAAAGAUAUUCCUAGAGUUGCAUUUGAAAAGAUGGAUGCUGAUAGUCGAACCUGCACAGUAAGUGCUGUCAGUAAAGGUCAUUGUGCCUCUCUUGUUGUUACAUUCCCUGUCAGUUACCCAAACAAUGCUGCACCGACAUUUCAAUUCACUCAGAGAACCACUCUACAGACAUCACAGAAAAAUGUCCUAUUGCAGGCUCUUGAAGACACAUCACAGCAGCAUGUCAAAAGAAAUCGGUCUUGCCUGGAACCUUGCCUUAGGCAACUGACCGCCAACUUGGACAAGUUAACAGACGUUGAACAUCAAACUCCUGACAAUGAGGACCAGUUUACUCUUCCAACAAAGUCAGGAGCCCCAAUUGUUCCAAAUUUCUAUUAUAUUGGGCAUCAAGAUAGUUCUGUUCCUUUUCCACGUACAUCGGGAGCUCGUUUUUGUUCGGCAGGAUAUCUGGUUUGUUUUGGUCGUCAGGCCUCCAGCAAGAAAGCUUAUACAGAGCGAACUCCCAAAUCUCUGUCAGUGCUAGCCUAUUUACAGUCAGGCAUGAGGUCACCCCAGUCAACAUCAUCCUACUCUGUCUUUUCUCGUAGCCCACCUACAUCUGAUGGAAUGUUCUCUAUCAGUAAUUACUAUGCUUUUAAAGAAAAGAAGCGAAAUCGAAGCCGAUGUCGUUCUAAAGAUACUUUAGAUUCAAAAGGUCGAGAUUCAGAACUGAAGAAGAUGCCAAAAGUGAACCCAGUCAUUAUUUAUGAUGUUUUACCUCUGCAGAUGCUUAACAAACAGUUAGCUGAAAACUAUAUAAUCCAAUUAAAUGAUAUUCCUAAGAUGUGCAGCCACAAUGGUAAUGCCGCACUUGCAGUUGGAAGGAAAGAUUUAGUACAGAUGUGGUCAUGGCUGGCUUUGGUUGCUGGAGGUGGUCAAGAUUUUAGUAAAGAUCCCUUUGAUGGUGCCCCUUGGGCUCAGCAUACUUUUGGAAGAAAACUAAUAAAAUCUUUGCUUGACCACUACAUGAGUAUCUAUGACAUUCAAACAUGUGCAAUGUUGUCCUGUUUAUUAUGGACAAAAUCUGUUGCUCAACAACUUCAACAACCUCCACAUUCGCCAAAACCAGACAAAGAGAAUAUACCACCAAACAGUGACCAUUCCUAUGUGGACAGAGGUAGUAGCCCUGAAGACUGGAACAUACUCUUUUUAAAUGAAUAUUCAAUGCCGAAUUGUCUUAGAUCCAAUAUUGAAGAUGAGUGGCCUUCCCUCACUCCAUCCGUAACAUUUCCUUGCACAGCUCUUAAAGAGACCUGUUCCCAAUUUAACAUCACUGCUUUAGUUCAUACAGCCAUCAAUUUAAGACGUUCAAACAGUUGGUCAGAUUCUUAUGAAGGGUUCAGAUUUACGGAAAGUGGUAAAGAUCAAAAGGAAUCUGAAACAGAACAACAUUCAAAAAACUGUUGCUUACUUGAUCCCAGUCAAUCAAGACAGUACGAAAACUUCAAGAAGUCCUAUUCCAAUAUUUUACAUAAAUGCCAACUGUUUAAUAAAUCAGCUGAAGUACAGAAACACAUGGCCGUUCUUCCAGAACAGAAGUCUACAUUAGGUGUUCCUUGCCAGUUACUUUUCAACAGAAAUAAACCUUUGGUCAAAAAUUCCUCUGAUUUUGAAUUCAAAGCCAUUUGUCAUUAUUGUCUUCAUGAAACAAAAGGUCCUCAAUGUGAUAACUGCCACAAGGUGGCAUUGCAGUGUGCAGUCUGCCAAAUUGGAGUACGAGGUUCUGCCAGUUUCUGUUUAGUCUGUGGUCAUGGAGGUCACACAUUACACAUGUCACAUUGGUUCCUCUCGUAUUCGCAGUGUCCCAGUGGUUGUGGUUGCCUAUGUAUUGAAAGAAAUUUAAUUGAAGCUCUCUGACUUAUUACUUCUGCACUUUUUAUUAUUACAAAUUGUUGUUUGAUUUCCACAAUAAACCUUUAGUUUUUAAUUUUU